AUGCCACCAAUUCGUGUUGAAUCCUCGCAUAACCCGGCCAAUCAAGAGGGCAGGAUCCUAUUAGCCCUAUCCGAUAUUAAAGAUGGCCGCAUCAAAUCUAUUCGCGCAGCAGCAAAGCUAUACGAUAUACCGCGUUCUACCUUGCAGACGCAAGAUUCGCUUACUGAGUGGAUAAUCUCUAUGGAUUCGCGUGGAGCAGCGCCUAGGCCGUCUACUGUUCGAGAGAUGGCCAAUAUCCUUCUUGCAGCGCGUGGAACAACCCCUCCAUUAACCGUUGGCGUUAAUUGGGCAUCAACGUUCGUUAAUCGACGCGAUAAGCUUCAAUCACGCUAUUCUAAACGAUAUGAUUAUCAGCGCGCUCUUAAUGAGGAUCCAAAGGUUAUACGAGAGUGGUUUUUGACGGUACAACGCGUGGUUGAUAAGAACGGUAUCCAACCAGAGGAUAUUUAUAACUUCGAUGAGACUGGUUUCGCAAUGGGCCUUAUUUCUGCGCAGAAGGUUACUGCGAUCGAAACGAUAUGCGCUGAUGGCUAUUCACUACCGCCGUGUAUCAUAUUCAAAGGCCAGGUCUAUAUCGCUGGUUGGUUUGAAUCGUUAAAUUUUCCUCCGAAUUCGCGCAUUGAGGUAUCGAAUAACGGCUGGACAACUGAUGAAAUUGGCCUACGCUGGCUCCAAAAGUUAUUUAUUCCACUUACGAACUCGCGCGUACGAGGGCGAUUUCGGCUAUUAAUCCUUGACGGGAAUGGUAGCCACCUAACACCUCAAUUCGAUCGAAUCUGCGCUGAAAACGAUAUUAUACCGCUCUGUAUGCCUUCGCAUUCGUCACAUCUACUACAGCCGCUCGAUGUUAGGUGUUUUGCUGUGCUUAAACGCGCGUACGGUCGCUUCGUGAGCGAUUUAGCCCGGACUGGCUAUAAUCAUAUCGACAAGCUUGAUUUUCUAGCAGAUUAUCCUCGUGCACGGCUAGAAGCUUUCCAGCCAAAUAUUAUUCAGAGCAGCUUCGCAGCUACUGGUAUCGUACCAGUUAAUGCUGAUAGAGUGCUUUCUAAGCUUAAUAUCUCUAUCCGAACGCCUUCACCACUAUCAAGCCGACCAAGCAGCAGAUCUAGCCAAUUCACACCAAAAACGCCUAAGACAGCGAUUCAGCUAGAAAAGCAAGCUUCUAUGCUUAAAGAGCUUCUAAAACAGCGAUCGCAUAGCCCGCCUACACCGUCAAAGCGCAUGCUCGAUCAAAUUAUCAAGGGUCAUGCAAAAGCCCUACACCAUACUGCGCUACUAGUAAAGGAGAACGCUGAUCUACGCGCAGCGAAUGAAAAGAAACGUCAAAAGCGCACUCGAUCGACUAGGCAGAUUGCUCACGAAGAGGGCCUAUCAUUCGAAGAGGGCCUACAGCUAGUUCAACAGCAGAUUGAGCCUAUGGAAGCUGAUAGGGUAGUAUCGCAUGAACAGGUUGAUCUGCCUCAGCAGCCAAUUCAACCGGCUAGGAGGGCUCCUCCUACAUGCAGUGGAUGCGGAUUCAGAAUGAAUUAA